AUGUUGGAUGCUUCUAUUGUGGCAACAAGUCUGUACACAAUUGGCACAGAGUUCGACUCGGUCGAUUUGAUCAACUGGGUGGCACUCGCAUACACCCUCACAUACCUGAGUUGUGCCGUCUUGGUGGCUCGGGCAUCCGACAUCGUUGGCCGCCGCAAUGCCUUUUUGGCGAGCUUCAUCAUCUUCUUCGCUUUUUCCCUGGGCUGCGGGUUCGCUCAGAACUUGGAGCAGUUGGUUGCAUGCCGUGCUCUGCAAGGCUUAGGUGGCUCUGGCCUUUAUUCCAUCACCAUGAUUAUCUUUCCCGAGGUCGCCCCCAAGCACUUGCUCCAAUACAUGUCCAGCCUCGUCGGUAUGGUUAUUGCGAGUGCUGGUGUGCUUGGUCCAGUUCUGGGAGGUAUUCUCACCCAUUACGCCUCUUGGCGGUGGAUCUUCUGGAUCAAUGGCCCUGUUGGCUUCAUUUCAAUGCUCAUCUUUUACUUUACAUGGCCCGAUGCCAAACACCUCCCAACGCUGCAACGUAGACGCUGGAAGGAGUUGGAUAUCGUGGGCUCCUUUCUUCUCGUUGCAGCAUCGGUUCUCGUUGUCUUCUCCUUUCAAAAUGUCGGCUCAGACGGCAACAAGUGGCGCCAAGCCGUCUUCAUCGCCCCCGUAACGGUCGGCGGCGUGUGCUUCAUUCUGCUGCUGGGAUGGGAGGCUUUCGUCGCCAAGUUCUGGAGCAACCACAUCAUGGCGGCCAUUCCGAUGCGGCUUCUGCGCAACCGCGUCUACGUUGCCACCAUCCUCAACACGAUGUUCCUCGGAUUUCCGUACCUCCUGGUCAUCUACGCCUUCCCUGUCCACCUGCAGAUCGUCAACGGGAAGAGCUCGCUGCUUGCGGGUAUUCUGCUUCUCCCGAUGCUAGGCUCUGUUGCGCUGGGUACCACUCUCGGCGGGAUCAUCAACAAGAAACAGAACCGACUUUUUGAGACAAUGACCACGGCAAGCUGUUUCGUGUGUAUCGGCUGCGGCUUAAUGACGACGCUGUCGUCGUCUGUGGAACUGGAACCCAAAGCACUCGGGUUUCUGACCUUCAUCGGCUUUGGCUUUGGUUUGUCAGCCACUUCAUCAACCGUCCUAGGAGCGACGGAGUCCGAGAUUCCAGAUCAUGGAAUCGCCGCAUCAACGGCGAUUCUGGGCAACUUCAUGCGAGACGAGUUGACCGGCGUGCUCAGCCCGGGGCAGCUGUCGUCGCUCCACGGAGCAGGAGCAAAUUUGACAGAGGCGCAAGCCGCAGCCGUGCGUCAAGUCUACACCGACUCUUUCUGCAAAGACAUGCAAGUGGGAGCCAUUCUAUCUGGCAUAGCGAUCCUACUAAGCUUUGGUGUCUAUCGUCGGAAUCGGGUCACCAUCGAAGAGCAGCGACAAAUGCACAUUAGAGCCGAAGUGGAGAGGAGGCGCAGGGCAUCGGCGGCCACGACGUUGGUUUCUUCGACGACAACCGACUAA